GCCCGAACAGAGGCGGCGGCCCCCGCAGCAGCCGCAGGAGGGGCGGCGGCGGUGGGCGCCGCAGGCGAUGCCCCUGCCCGGCUGCUCCGGCGUGGGGCAGUGCGAGCGGCGGCGGGGGAGCAGGCAGGGGGCGGCGGCUGCGGCGGCUGCAACAGAGGGGCCGAGAGCUGGAGGCGGCGGCGGCGGCGGCCUCGAAGGGCAUCGGCGGAGGCGGUGAUGGCAGCAGUGGUGAUCUGAAGAUGGAAAGAGCCAGGCGAAGGGGAGGCGGCGGCGGCGGCGGCGGCCGUGGCCGCGGCGGCAAGAAUGUAGGGGGCUCUGGCCUCAGCAAGAGUAGACUCUAUCCCCAGGCCCAGCACUCCCACUACCCCCACUACGCGGCUUCAGCCACCCCUAACCAGGCUGGAGGCGCAGCCGAAAUCCAGGAGCUGGCCUCCAAAAGGGUGGACAUCCAGAAAAAGAGGUUUUACCUAGACGUGAAGCAAAGCUCCCGGGGCCGGUUCCUAAAGAUAGCCGAAGUCUGGAUAGGGAGAGGCCGGCAAGACAAUAUCAGAAAGAGUAAACUGACCCUCUCCCUGUCUGUGGCCGCGGAGCUGAAGGACUGUCUAGGGGACUUCAUCGAGCACUAUGCCCACCUGGGCCUGAAAGGCCACCGACAAGAGCAUGGUCACGGCAAAGAGCAAAGCUCCAGGAGGAGACAGAAGCACGCAGCACCCUCCUCACCAGUCUCUGUGGGGUCCGAAGAGCACCCUCACAGUGUCCUCAAAACAGACUACAUAGAGAGGGACAAUAGGAAAUACUAUCUAGACCUAAAGGAAAAUCAACGGGGUCGCUUCCUAAGGAUAAGACAAACCAUGAUCCGGGGAACUGGCAUGAUAGGUUAUUUUGGCCACACUUUGGGCCAAGAGCAGACUAUCGUCCUCCCAGCACAAGGGAUGAUUGAGUUUCGGGAUGCCUUGGUUCAGCUCAUUGAAGACUAUGGCGAAGGGGACAUAGAAGAACGCAGAGGUGGAGACGAUGACCCAGUCGAACUCCCAGAGGGGACUUCUUUCAGAGUGGACAAUAAAAGGUUCUACUUUGAUGUGGGCUCUAAUAAAUAUGGAAUUUUCCUGAAGUACAAUAAACAUUUAUCUGAGCUGCACAAUUUGAAGAGGAUGAACUUGGGAUACACCCUCAGACGCUCAGUUUUAAUAAGCAGCUACCAAUGAAAGUUGAUGUAUGUAUUAUCAUUCCUUUAGAAUUUGUUUUACGGUUUAUUUUAAUACUUAAGUAAAUAGGACUUAAUUGCAAAUUUGAAGUAGUGUUCUGGGAAUCAUUUUUUCAUAAGUGUGAGGUUUUCUUUUUUCCUGCUUAUUUCCAAAUGUCUUUCACUGGAACUAUUUGUAAAAUCUUAUUCCAAGCUUCAUGUAAGAGCUUUGCUUAGUCAUCACAUAGUUUGAAGUUUCUCUUUUACCAAAACACCAAACAUCUUUGGCAGGAUAAAAUCUAAAGUAAACCACAAAGAUAAUUUAAAAUUGAUUCUAUGCCAACAGAAUAAUACAGGUAUAAUAUUUAUCACUGCCAAAUAAGAUUCUUAAAAUCUUUCUGGAGUUUCCUUAAAGAUUUCUUGAAUUUCAUAGAGAAAUAUUGGCUCAUGGCUAGCCCAUUAGAGGAAGAGAGUAGGGAUGUUAGUAUGCUGUUGAGACAAUCCGUAGUCCACAAUACUGUAGCAGUGAGGUACAGGGAAAGUAUGUUUUUCCCAAUUUCACGUCUUGUGAAAAUUGAGUUUUUUGUUUUUGUUUUUUUUGUGGUACGCGGGCCUCUCACUGUUGUGGCCUCUCCCGUUGCGGAGCACAGGCUCCGGACGCGCAGGCUCAGCAGCCAUGGCUCACGGGCCCAGCCGCUCCGCGGCAUAUGGGAUCUUCCCAGACCGGGGCACAAACCCGUGUCCCGAACCCGUGUCCCCUGCAUCGGCAGGCGGACUCUCAACCACUGCGCCACCAGGGAAGCCCGAAAAUUGAGUUUUUAGAUCACAGUUACUCUGUCAUACCCAAAUUUAUGUAGAAAAACAAUAUAUGUGUUAGUAUAUUUUCUUGUAUAAUGUUAAAAAAUUAAUCUUUUUUCCUUAAUUUGACAUGAUUUUUUAAGUAAUUUAAAUUUAUUUAGUCAAUAUUUUUGAAUAAGGAAAACAUGCAUAUAGUACAAAAUUUAAAUGGGCCAGAUGGGUAGACACUGAAAUGUAGCAACUAGUGUUACCAAUUUCUUGUGUCUCCUUCUGGAGUUACUGUGCAUAUACAAGCAUAUGUAUUAUAUAUACAGAUACUCUUCUUAAACAUACAGUUGAAAACAUAUCGUAUACACUCUCCUGUACCCAGUAGUAUCAAUUUUAGAUCUGUCAUUAUAAGUGAAUUUUUUUCCCCUUUUACCUAGAUACCAUACUUGAUCUAGUUACCAUAGAUCAAUUAAAUGCAUAGAUAGUUACAUUUAAUUUGAACUAUUUAUGACACCAAGGGAACCUCAAGGAAAUUUCAAAUGACUCCCAUUGGAAUUUACUCAAAAUGCAAAUAUAUGUAUAUAUCAAUUUUUAAAUGUAUAAAUAUUCAGUUUCCCGUCCCUAUUUGAAACCACUCUGCCCUCCUAGCUCCCUCUCUUCCUUCCCUCAAAAAAGUAUUGGUCUUUUUCCUGAGAUAAUACAGUUCAGGAUGUUAAGUUAUUUACCCAAAGUGUAUUUUAGAUUAACUGUGUCCCCAAAUGAAAAAAACCCAUGUUUAAAAGCUUUAAUAAAUUAUCACUGUUAGUCAGUUUUUACUAUUUCUGUUACUAUUAUUUUUAUCCAAAGACCUUGCCAUUGUAAGAGUAAAUCAGCACUAGAACCAUAGCAAAAGGUUAUGAUCCUGCUGAAAUCUUUAGAUUUAUUAACACGAGGGUUUAUAUUUAUAAUGAGAAAAAGUAUAGUUAUUAAUGAAUAAUUCAUUUAACAUUUAGUCAAAUCCAAGACUAAACAAAGGGUUAACGCUACUUCUGAUUAUUUAAAGCAUUGAUUCCCCAUUGAGGGACCCAGAGUCCGUCAGAUUUCCUUGGGACCAAAAGAUACUAAGAUGAUUUGGGAAAAGAUUAAAAACGUAAGGGCUAUGAGGUUACAAGUACAACUAAGCCAUCUCUGUUUUCUGCUGUAAGAAUAUAAAAUAGCAAAUAUAAUUGUUUGAAAAUGAAAUUAGCAUAAUUACUAUUCCUGAAAAUAUAAACAAAGUUGCUUUAAUAGUUCCCCAACCCCUCCCCCUCAAAAGUCAGUUCUCUUUUUAUUCACAUCAAGGAGGCACUUUAAUGUCACUUUUCUAAUAACCACCAAGAAAAAAUUAUCUGAAAAAUUAAAGGUCCCAUACUUGAACCCUGAAGGAUCCUAUAUAGUUAUGAAUUAAAGCAACCAAUUACGAGUAUGUGGGUUGAGAAAGAAUUUCUCAAAUUAACGAGUAUGUGGGUUGGUGUGUGUAAACUCUAUGAAAAUGUUAAAAGGUUUAAAAAUUAAAGCAUUGGUUUCAACUUUAGAAUAAUAUCUCCAUAAC